CAGACGAGAAAAAUGUUCAUGCUCGAAUGUUAAUACAGUUAGCAAGAUCCCUAGGUGUCUUGAAAUCAACACCGGAGGAGAAGGUAAAUCGUCUGCUGUCAUUUUGUCCACCCAAGUCAACACGGGGAUCUCUGAAACUUGAUACCAGAAAUCAAGAUGCCAUCAUCGCCCUUGGAGUAUACUUCUUGGAGUCGGGGCUGCAGUACAAGAAGAAAAUACUUUCAUACCUUCUCUUUGUUCUACAAGACCUGCCAAAGGCUCAGUGGGUGGAAGGACCUCGGGGGAUGAACAGAUACAGAUUGCCUAUGACUGAAUGUUUCAGCUUUUGUCUCAACACAAUUCUCAGUGAUGUAGCAUUCAGAGAUGCAGAUUCCAAAGAUGAAAUAAUAUCAAAGCAGCUGGUUGUUAUGGAAGUCCUGACAAAGCUGUGUGAAGGAGAAUAUGCACUACCAAAAGAUACUCUUUGUUUCUCCAUUGUUCCUGUUCUGAUUGGCAUGGCUCGGGCUAUGGGGAGAUCGAGUGAUGAGAAUCGGCCGUUGAUAUCAUACCUUCUGUCUGUGAAGACCGGUCAGCCUUAUAGCGAGCAAGAACAGGAAAAGGCAACAAGCAAGCGGUCUUUCAGCACAUUUCGACCUAUUCUGCCACGGACAUUAUCAUCUUUAGUUUUAAACUCCGAGAGCCCCAGUCCACACAGCCCGUCACCUACGCCGUUUGAUUAUUCAGAAAGAGCUAAAAGAGAACGGUCACCUUCACCCUUGUUGGUGUCCUUCAGAGAUUCACCGGGAAGUAAUGACAAGGGUGAUCCGGCGAUGGUGUACUUUAACAAAGUGGGUUCAAGUUUUACGAGAACAAAACCAUGGGGUUUUGAGAUCAUUCCAGAACAAGAUCAUAUCAAGUUCUCUACAUCACAUCUUCAAACUCUUGUCAAUGUUGCAAAGAGGCUUCUGAACAAAGAUACAUUAAAUAAUUUGGAUUCUGUGUUGUCAGACAUUUUGACUGAUAAAAGUGUGCAACACAAUUUGUUUCGGUUUCCAUACAAGUCAUAUCAUGAGACAGUAACACUUGUUAUCGUUACUGUGCUUCGGGAUGUUUUGGAACAAGAAAAAGACCUUCCUGCAACAUUUAUGAAGGACAUUGAGGAGUUUAUUCGCAGUGUGUACUAUGCCGGACAGGAUGAGUUCAAGCAUGCUACCAAAAACAAAGAGCAUGACAAAUCUUUCAACCCUCAGCAACUGAUGGUCUACAGCAAUGCAGCCUGUGUUGAUCUCCUUUUUUGGGCCAUUCGAGAGGAAUCUGAAGCUGAGAAUUUGUGCCUGAUGCUAACAGAAAAAAUCAGCAUGAAUACAGACAAGAAACUGCUGUUUACACAUUCACCUCUUAUCCUUGUAGCUUUGGAGGCUGUUGGUAAACUGGCUGUCAAGUUCCCAUCACUGGCACCCUCCAUGGUAUCAUCUCUAAGAGAUUUCCUGGUGAGUCCGUCACCCAUCUUGAGCAAACUGAACAAAUACGCUUCUGCAGACGCAGUGUCGGGAAAUAUCAAGAUCACCGUCACUGAUGAGGGCAAGGUAUCUAACAGCAUAUCGAAGAAACCAAGAAACAAACUGUUCACAAUGUUUGAGAACCUCAGGGAUAACGCCAUACAUAAUAUAUGCAGGGCAUUAAAGGCUGCCGUUCAGCAAGACCCAGACUGUAUCCAGGCUUUCUUGGCGACCACCUCAAACAGACUGUACCGAGCUGAGAUGAGUGACAGGGAAUCAACAUUGAUUUCAACAAACACGAUCUUGACACUCGGUCAUCUCGCCGUGGGACUCAAGGAUACACCGAAGACUGUGGAGUCGAUACUACAGAUAUUACAGCAACGCUUCUGCAGCCCACCAUCAUCCUUGGAUGUCCUUAUUGUCGACCAGCUGGGAUGUAUGAUUAUGGCCGGAUGUCCUGGCAUCUACCAGGAAGUUAUGUCCAUGUUCAACCAAAUCAGUAUGGAGAGUAGUGCCCCCUACAGUCACACUGAGAAAGAUGAAAAGGUUCGGGGUUACAGACAGGUGUCCCAUGCUGUGAUAAACGCCUUUGCCAAUAUUGCUGCUAACAUACAAGGUGACGCAGAACAACAAGACCUACUUAUCCGACUCCUCGAGUUGUUCGUGCAGAUGGGGUUGGAAGGAAAGAGAUUCAGUGAGAAGCCUGGAUCCGGCACUAUGAAAGCUACCAGUAGCGCAGGGAACUUGGGUGUAUUGAUACCUGUUAUUGCAGUGCUUGUACGAAGACUUCCAGUGAUUCACCAUCCAAACCGUCGUCUUCAUAAAUUGUUCAGAGAUUUUUGGCAAUAUUGUGUUGUCAUGGGAUUUGCUGAAGAGGAGUUGGGUUUGUGGCCACAGGACUGGUUUGAAGGUGUUGCAGAGAUUGCCAUCAAGUCGCCCCUCCUCAUAUCGCAUGAUCACUUGAGCAAGGAACUCAAGUACAAUGCUGCACUAAGAAAUGAGUGUGCUGCUCCAGUUGAGCUGGCCAACUUUCGAACAAAGCUCUGUCAGCUUCUAGAUAACCCAGCUGAUGUCGUUCCCAUCAUCAACAGGUUGAACUUCGCACAGUGUUCAUACAUACAUUCUGUAUACAGACUCGAAUCACUCAGAGUCACCUUUUCUACAGACCCAUGUGCUUUUUAUGGAAUAUUUGACUACCUUGAGGACAGAACACUGUUUAAGGACAAGGAUGGAAUGUGGCAGUGUAUUUUAUCAGUUGCUGACAGAAUUUUUGAAGGCUUUCUGGAUAUUACUGCAGAAAAGCCAAGAGAUGAAGCCAGAGAGAAAGAGUUGGACAUGCAUGCCCAGUUCCUUUUGAUCAAGUUCAAUCACAUCCACAAGAAGAUACGAAGAGUUGCAGAUCGAUAUCUGUCAGGACUGGUUGAUAGAUUUCCACAUUUGUUGUGGAGUGGAACAUUCUUGAAAACAAUUCUGGAUAUUUUACAAGUUUUGUCAAAGUCCUUGGAUAUGGAUCCUCAUCAAGAUGCACCCAAGCUGUCUAUCCCCAACCUGCCGUAUCAGCUGCAAGUCAUGGAAAAUAUGGCUGAUCGAGAGAACACUGUCAAAGAUUUUGCAGCCCGGUGUGGUGGUAUUCUACAGGAGUCUAUCAAGUGGGCCCCAAACGCCACCCGCUCACACCUGAUACAGUACCUGCUACAGCUGGAGACGACAUCGGAAGCCUUGCACCAGCACAGUGGUCUUGCACUCGCCACUGAGAGUGUGCUCACGUACGCAGGAUACCACCAGACAGCCGCUUCACUUACAGCAGCCACUUUAGAUCGGCGACCAUCUUGUGUCAAUACUGAUAGUUCCAACUUCAUGGCAAAUCUCAGCCUUAGAAGCAGAUUCAUGGGAGAGGUGUUUGGGAUGAAAUCAUUGGUGGAGGAUGACCAAGCACUUGGAAAAUUGCUUUGCCAGAAAUUAGAGGAAGCUUUACAUAGGAAAGAUACAGAAGGAUGUAAGAAGUCAAUGUUCAAAAUAUGUGCUCUGCAGAUUUGUAUGAAUGAAUUGAGCCGUCCAUUGCUUCAUGCUUUGUGUUGGACUCCAGUCCAGAAUUUCAAAGUACCAACAAUGGAGGUUGCUAUUGCAUGCUGGGAAUGGUUGCUGUCAGCAAGACCAGAUUUACAUAUUGAGUUUCUUUGUGAGAUGGCUGCUGCCUGGCAAAUGAGUGCCGACUUGAAGCUGGGGAUCUUUUCCAUUGAUAAACCAAUGUCGGAUCCUCUGGCGAAGGCUGAAGAUGAAGACCUGACACCAAAUCCUCCUUCGACCAUGCCUCAUCAGAUGUGGACUAAGUUUUUGGCUGAAAGACUUGAGAUUGCCAAAUACAGUAAUGCAUACCAGGUGGACAUUUUCUUCAGUCUUCUCAACAAAUCCCUUCCAGUCAGUGUUGGCAAGAGUACACCUUUGAUAUCAAGACAUCCUGCAGCCCUUGGUCCAAGAUUUCAACUAAUGUCAAUGGGGCUAUCCCUCUUACAAGGGGAAAUUCUUGCUAACCCUACUGCCAAAACUGUUCUCAGAGAAAGGAUUUAUGCCUCCACACUGGACUACUUUUGUCAUCCAAAGAUCUUGCCAACCCAGAAAGGUUCUGACCUAAGAGAUGACAUCAUUACACUAGUGAAAUUCUGGCAGCUCAUGCAUUCAGACAAGAAGUAUCUCAAUGCCAGUCUUUUCGCAUUUCCAGAUGACAGUGUCGCUGGAAACAAUUUAACCAUUGACAGCCUGUACCACGACCACACACGAAAUCUGUCAGGUGCUUGGAUGAACACAAUCAAGAGCAGUGUGUCGUCGACAUCUAAGCGAUCAGCAAGUGCAAGAAAGACAAUGGGAACUGGGAGCAGCGUAAUCAAAGAACAUAUCAAAAAGAGAAAUCUCAUUCUGACAAUAGUGGCUUGUCAUGUUGAAGCUCUCAUCACGUGGCACAAUCCACUGGAGGCACCAGAGCUGAAAAUACCGGAUGAGGAGAAGAUCAUUGCAUGGCGGGCAAACCCAGUGUCCGAGAAGCAGUGGCGAGAAAUAGCAAGAAUCACCUGGGAGAUUUCACCCAUCCUGGCAGUGUAUCUGCCUUCAAGGUUUGGAAAUCAAGAGAGUUUGGUGAAAGAGGUAACCAGACUGGUGAGGUCUAAUCCCGGUUGUGUCAGUCAGAUUCCUGAGGCUCUCAAUUUCCUGGUCACACCAAGCAGUGUCGAGGCGGAAGCAUCCGAGCUCCCUCACAUUUUGACCUGGGCAGUUGUCUCCCCUGUUUUGGCUCUGUCGUUUUUCUCACGGCUGUAUCCCCCACAUCCUCUCACUGCUCAGUAUGCUGUCAAGUGUCUUCGAGCGCAUCCACCAGAAGCUCUGUUGUUUUACAUACCUCAGAUUGUGCAGGCUCUACGAUAUGACCCUAUGGGCUAUGUUUACGAGUUCAUCUUGUGGGCUGCUUCAAGUUCCCAACUUCUUGCCCAUCAGCUGUUGUGGAACAUGAAAACCAACAUCUACCGAGAUGAGGAAUCAACAGAAAAAGAUGAGGACAUUGGAGAUAAAUUGGAACAACUCAUUGCGGAAAUCAAAGUGGCCUUAUCAGGUCCAGCUCUCGAAUUUUAUGCAAAAGAAUUUGAUUUUUUCGACAAAAUAACCAAUAUUUCAGGAUCAAUCAGACCCUUUCCAAAAGGACCAGAAAGAAAUGAAGCAUGUUUAAAAGAACUCAGCAAAAUUAAACUACAGCAAGGAUGCUAUCUUCCAUCCAAUCCUGAGGCAAUAAUUUUGGAGAUUGACUACAAAUCAGGAACCCCUAUGCAGAGUGCAGCAAAGGCUCCCUACCUGGCCCGGUUCAAGGUGAAGAGGUGUGGAAUUGCUGGUCUCGAGAACUUGGCAAUGGGAGGACACUGUAGCAGUUCGUCAUUGGAUGCUGAAACUGGUUUGCAGUACUGGCAGGCCUGUAUUUUCAAAGUGGGGGAUGAUGUUCGCCAGGACAUGUUAGCCUUGCAGGUGAUAGGAAUGUUCAAGAACAUCUUUGAACAGGCAGGUUUAGACUUGUACCUGGCUCCAUACAGAGUUGUGGCUACUGCUCCUGGGUGUGGAGUGAUAGAGUGUGUUCCUGACAGUAAGUCAAGAGACCAGAUUGGCCGACAGACUGAUUUUGGCAUGUACGAAUAUUUCAUUGCCAAAUACGGAGAAGAACACACCUCAGAAUUCCAGGCUGCAAGGCACAACUUCAUUGUCAGCAUGGCGGCAUACAGCAUCGUUAGCUUCCUGCUUCAGAUCAAGGACAGACACAACGGAAACAUCAUGCUCAACAGUAAAGGCCACAUCAUUCACAUAGAUUUUGGUUUCAUGUUUGAGAGUUCGCCAGGAGGGAAUCUUGGUUGGGAGCCAGACAUAAAACUUACGACAGAAAUGUUGAUGAUUAUGGGUGGAAAUGUCGACUCGCCGCCAUUCCAGUGGUUCAUGGAGCUCUGUGUGCAGGGCUAUCUCGCUGUCAGACCCUACCAAGAAGCAGUCGUCUCCCUUGUUUCGCUGAUGCUCGACACGAGACUGCCAUGUUUCCGAGGUCAGACCAUCAAGCUUUUGCGACAGAGAUUUGCUCCCCACGUUGCAGAACGCGAGGCAGCCAACUAUCUGCUGAAGGUUAUCCGCGACUGUACACUCAACUGGCGGGGAAAGACGUAUGACAUGCUGCAGUAUUACCAGAACAAAAUCCCUUACUAAGAGUUGGACAGUCAGUGACAGAAGACUUGUUAGUCACAUGGGUAGAAGUAAUCAGCUGUAGAUAUUGUGUGAUCACAUGUGUUUUUAAGGUUUCGUUGUGACAGAAGACUUGUUAGUCACAUGGGUAGAAGUAAUCAGCUGUAAAUAUUGUGUGAUCACAUGUGUUUUAAGGUUUCAAUCUGAUUAAACUGACACUAGAACAAAAUCUCUUACUAGAGUUGUACUGUCAGUAACAGAAGAUUUAUUAUUCAAAUGGUUCGAAGUAAUCAACUAAAAAUAUUUUGUUUUGCACUGUGAUUCAACUGACAUGAAUAGACGUAUGGCAUUCAGCACCAUAAUAAAAUCCCUUACUAACUAAGAGUUGGACAGUCAGUAACAGAAGACUUAAUAUUCAAAUGGGCCGAAGUAAUCAUCUAAAAAUAUUGUGUUUUAAAUGUUUUGCAUACUGUGAUUCAACUGACAUGGAUAAACGUAUGACUUGCAGAACUUUAACUAAAUUCCUUAUUAAAAGUUGGAUAGUCAGUAACAGAAGAUUUAUUAUUCACAUGGUUCGAAGUAAUCAGUCGUAAAUAUUGUGAUAUCGCUUGUGUUAUAAUGGCUUUUGCAUGUCAUUGUGAUUUAGCUGACAUGGAUAGAUGUAUGAAGUUCUGCACCAUAACAGAAUUUCUUUCUAAGAGCUGUACAGUCAGUAACAAGAUUUAUUAUUCAAAUGGUUUGAGUAAUCAGCUGUAAAUAUUGUGUGAUCACUUGUCUUGCAAAGGUUUUGUAUGUCACUGUGAUUCAGCUGCCAUGGAUGGACUUCCCUCCCAUGCAUGUGAUAUUGCUAUAUAACCAGAGAAUAUUUGUAAUAUAUAACAAUAAUUUGUGCAUGAUCAACUUGACGAUAUUGAAUUGUUUUGCUUCGUAGCUGUGAUUUUCUUUGUGGUCAGUCUUCUUUUUACUGUGUUUAUUCUGUGCCAGUUCCUUAUCCUGUAAUAAUAGUUCCUUGUCACUUUUGCCUGGAAUAGCCUGCUGUUUUUAGGAGACAUCUUAAUAUAUAGUAGUCUUACUGGUUAGUGUAGCUGGUGUGAAACAAAACAUUUCCUUUCAAAUAUUAUGUUUGGGCAUUAUAAUUAAUGUAAAUAAAAUAUAUUGUGUAACUGUGGAUUAUAUAAAUUUGCAACAGUUGAAGAAUAUAAAGAAAAGUUAUAUACUUUUCAAAGGAAAUGGAAAUAAUGUUAUUUGAAGAGAGGCAUGACUUGGCACAUUGUGUUCAUUGAACAGAGGCAUUACUUGGAUUUCUAAAACAUUGUGUUAAAUUAGUUAGUUAGGUGGGAUUUACCUCAGUCGGUUAAGUGCACACCUGAGGUGCUUGUGUCACAGGAUCAAACCAUCUCGGUGGAUCUAUUCAACUGACUGGAGUUUUUCUCAUUCCAAUCAGUACACCACAACUGGUUAAAAGCUGUGGUUUGUGCUUUUUUGUCUGUAAGAAAGUGCAUAUAAAAGAUUUCUUGUUGCUAAUGAAAAAAUGUAGCGGGUUUCCUCUGAUGAUUAAGAGUCAUAAUUACCAAAUGUUUGACAUCCAAUAGCCAAUGAUAUCUUAAUCAAUGUGCUCUAGUGGUGUAAUUAAACAAAACAAACGUUUAACUUUUAAAUUAGUUAGUGGUUUGAUAUAUUUUGAUAGUGUGAUUACAUCCUACAUUUUUGAACAACUACAUAUUAAAAGUUUAAUAUUUGAUUCUAUAUCCUAGAAUUGUGUAUUACAAAAUGUAUAUAAUCUUUUUAUAUAUAUAUAAUCUAUGAUGUGUUUAUUGUGUAUUAUAAAAGAAUAUCAAAUGGACUGGUGUGACUAAAACUGCUGUAGCUAAGUAAUCUUACCUUGCAACAGUACAAUACAAUACUACAGUCUUUUUGUGUAUAUAUGAUCAGUGUAUGUUUAUUGUAUAGUGUAAUAUGUCGGAUGGAUUGAUGUGGCUGUUAUUGUUGCAACUAGGUGUGUACAGCUGAAACACUGUUUAUCAUAUUAUUAGCAUUAAAUGCUAUUUUGUUUUUCUUAAGAAAAUAUAUUAUAAAGUGAUGGAUAAAUAUUUACAUGUAGUGAAUGUUCAUAAAGACCGAUGUUUUUUCUGUUUAUGUUCUUAUGUUUUUGAACUGCUCUAUUAAACCAAAUACUAGUUGUGGCUAGUGGACAACUACUACAGUAUAUUAUCGAUGGGCCCAAUAUCACAAAAUAUCAUGUCUAAUUUGGCACGUAAACGUAAAUCUAGGACAUAACCACAAUAUUUAUUACUAUUAUAGUACAACAAAUAUAGCUAAAAGUACACAUUUCUUUUUCAUUUGUCCUUAAAAUGCUCCAUCUUCUGUAAUAAUGUAAUUUUCUGUGUGAAAUAAAUGCCAAAAACAUGUAAAUAUAUGGCUGCUAUAACUACUAGUUGCAGGCGUAAACUUGCAAUGUUUUGUGAAAUAGGCCUCUGAUCUUUUUUGUAUGGUUUGUUUUUUCUGUAGUAAUUUUAUUUAAUAGUUAUUUUGUAAUUUCUGUUUUGUACCAUAUAUAAAUAGUGACUUGAAUUGUACAGUUCACCAACUAGUAGAAGUGGCAAGUUGUAGCCUCUUUUUUAUAUAGUUCCACCUUUUAUAUUUGCCUGUUGCCCCAUAACACUGCAAAAUAUGGUGUGAAUGCACACACACACACACACACUCACACACUCACACUCACACUCACACUCACACUCACACUCACACUCACACACACACACACUCACAAACACUCACACUCACACUCACACACACAUACACA